AUGGGUUGCUUCGGCGCUGACAACGACGCAAAUCGGGUAGACGAGGAGACUGCAGUUCCAGGCGUCAACAUUUCGGGGAUUGAGAGCUGGGCCACCUCAUUUCGCAAGGUUUUUCAGGGCACCAAUGACAAUGGACAACUCCCAAAUGAACUAGGCAAAAGUUUUCGAAUCAACUUUGCUGUCCUUCAGCGAAUACAGUUGAAGCAACUCCGCACCAAACUCGCCAAGCAUGCAGUGUCUUUAAGAUUCGAAGCGGGUGAGCCUCAAGGAUGGCAGGACCCUCUUAAAGAAUAUAUACAAGCACUCCAAAAUUAUGAACACAUGGAAAAGCGAAGUCUACAACCUGAAGAUCCGUUCUACAUGAGCGGCGAGAAGUAUCAAGAUCGCAAACUCGUCGAAGCCAUUCUUGGGGACAAAAUAAACAGUUUUGAGGGACAACCGAUAUUUCCUGCUAUCGGACAUUGGCAAAAGGGACCUGAAGAGUCAAGACCUGUUCGAGACACAAGACAAGACAACUAUAAGCGGAACUGGACUGUAGGUCUCCACCAAAGACUUGCCGUGGCGACUGUUGGUGGGAUAUUUCUCAUGGCCCCCAUGUGGCUGAUGGUCUUGCAUAAUACUCUCUACACAGCUUUGGUUUCGACGACGGUGUUUGUUACUGUGUUUGGAUUGAUGGCAGCGGUAUAUCUUACGAGUUUGAUGGAUGUUAUGUCGAGUACAGCGGCUUAUGCUGCGGUGUUGGUGGUGUUCGUUGGACUGAUCACUGAGCUGCACGAUGGCUGA